GCCACACGGCGCGAUCGACGAGGCAUAUCGACUCUGAAGAUAAAAACAUUGUGGGCUGUGCCGACGAAUCAGCGAUCACCCGCUUCGUGCAAGGUCGGUUUACCGAAUGCCACCCGAUGUGCGCCGCGUCGCUUGGCAAACGACAAACAUUCGGCCAACGUGCCAGCAGUUCAUCGAUUUAUUCUGCCACGUGUGACGUGUUGUAUAUAAUAGAAGUUAGCUGGGACUGAGUGACUGUUGUGGUGUGGAGCUGUUUGUAGUGUACUAUAUCAGAUAUGGACUGGAGCAACGAGAUAGUGCUUGAAUUUCUAGAAGCCUACAGAUCAGAACCCUGCAUUUGGGAUCCUCAGAAUAUACAGUACAAAAACCGGAACGCCCUAAGCGAAGCCUGGGAGCGAAUUCGACAAUCUCUAAGCGUAAAUUUCACGGUGCAAGACCUAAAAAGGAAAAAGGAGUCAUUGAUGGCAACCUUCCGUUGUUUAUUGAAGAAAAAAUAUUCAAUCAAAUCAGGUGCAGGACCAGAUGAAGUAUAUACACCAGGUUGGUUCGCAUACAAUUUGAUGGAAAGCUUCCUGGGACCUGUCUACAAAUACAGCACAGUUGUUACAGAAGAGGAAUCUGAGAUAUGGGAGGUGACAAAUUCGCAUUCAGGGCAGGUCAUUUAUCAAUCCGAUCCGAUUGCAACUAUUAGCGAUACAGACAAAACUGUGAACCAAAACCGGAAAAGGAAGAAGAGCGACGAGCCUGAGUUAAAGACUGCAAAAAGGCAGAUGCUAGAAGCAAUAGAGACUAUUUUCAAGAAUAUCGACCAAAAGAAGGAAGAAGACGAUUGUGAGUUAUAUGCAAGACUAUUGGCUCGGAGGAUUCGGCAGAUUCCUGAAAGGAGGAGGGAAAGCUUGAUGUUGGAAAUAGAUGGACUUGUAAUGAAAGCAAAAUUUGAGAGUUCUUUAGAAGAAAUUCCAAAUUCUCCAGCAUCGAAUUCUGCAGCAAUAUCAAUAACUACGUCAGAAGACUUAGAAAAACAUCUCUCUGAUUAUAAUAAUGUAAAAGGUGAAAUGAUAUCAAACCCUUCUUCGCCGUAUGACACAAAUGAAGCUGAAUAGAUUAUUAAUUUAUUUUGAAUUUGUUUUGCUUAUUUAUCCUUGAGAAAUGUAGAUGUUCUAGACGCAUAUUAUAGGUUAUAACAAG